AUGUUAAUUCAAAACUGUGAACUCGAACUAGAUUCCCACUUGCGCAAACUCCGCGCAACGCCCCCUCGGGCGUCACCGGCCAAUACCUUCAUCCCUCCCGACCUGGAUAAGUGCGAUUUCGUCUGGUUUCGGCAUGACGCUGUCCGACGACCACUCCAACCACCCUAUGACGGGCCUUAUAAAGUCCUUCGUCGAUCUGACAAAGACGUUGUCAUCCACCGCAACGGCAAGACCGACACAGUCAGCAUUGACCGUGUCAAGCCGGCCUACAUCGACGACAGUGACCUUUACUCACCCCAACACUGUACGCCGCCGCAACCAGUGGUGCCUCCACCUACUGGCGACAGUCCCCCUCCGGUUUGCCGCACACGAUCUGGCCGUCACGUCCAUUGGCCCGACAGGUUUGUGGCUGGCUAG